GGGCCCUUACAGAGUGGACGCUGCAAGCGACGCUACAAGCGACGCGACUAAUUUGACAGGCGAAGCGACUACGCGCGACUCAUUUGCGGCCAGCAGAAAUCGCGCGCGUAUUCAUAGUGAAAGCGAUCUGAAGCGACGCUGCAAGCGACGAACUAGCAACUGUCAAAAUGAACGCGCGACCAACCUGUGCUAACCGAGGUUUGUCGCUUGUCAAUCGCGCGUUCUACUCGAGGUUGGUUGUUUUUUUGUCCGAGUUUUUUUGUUUUAAAAGUUGUUUUAGCUAAAAAAAAUGUCACAGGCAGAAUUUGAGACAGAGGAGUUGAUUGCAGGCGUUUUUGAACGUCCUGCAUUGUGGGAUAAGUCGGCCAAAUCACACCGGAACCGUGUCACCACCGAGACUGCUUGGAAAAGUUUGGCCGUACAGCUGCAACUUCCGGGAGAUAAUACUUCAGUCGCACUUCUCCGAAAAAAGUGGAAGGCUUUGCGGGACACCUACCGGCGAGAGUUGCAGAAAAUACCGGUUUCACGAUCUGGAGAUGCCGCCAUCGAGCCUGAGGAAAACUACACAACAUGGGCACAUUUCAGCAGCAUGACGUUUGUACGUGACCAAUUGCGACCAAGAAAAAUGACGGGCAACCUUCAACCAAUUAACCAGGAACCGGAAACACCAAGCGAUGGCGAGGAAAGCACGCAUGAAGAGUUCCUUGAUGAUAGUACGGUUAGUACGUUUGAGGUGUCUCAUCCACCCGCAGACGAAUGUGCGCCACCUCUGGAGAAAAAGAAGAAAAUGACAAAAAACAACCACGCUGAACGACUGUUAGAUAUCGAGAACAAGAAACUUCAGCUGAUGGAGAAGAAAAUGGCCCACAAGGAACGGGACGAAGAUGAAGCGUUCCUCGAAAGCCUCCUCCCGCACUUGCGGAAACUGACUCCCCUCCAGAAGUUGCGCUGCCGAAUCGAGUUGCAGAAUGUUGUGCUUGAACAUGCGUACCCUGCGGGCCAUAAUGAUGACGUGAAUAUGUAAGAUUGCGAGAUUGAAGCCGAAUCAGAUUUAAAUGUAACAGUGAAAUGCAAUAAUCAUAAAAAAACAAGCCAAUCUAAUCAAAUAAGGCAAAAUAAAAUGUAAAUUAAACAUUGAACUGAAAUAAAAUAAAAUAAACACACACAUCUCUUCAGAAAUUCACCGAAAUAGUUACUUUAAGGGUGCACAGGAAGUGCAACCAAGAAGUUAUUGUCUUUUUAAUCCAAAAUAGUUUAAUUGACGGACUGCAGGGUUUUGCCAUUCAGAAUACUGUAAACAAUAUAAAUAUAUAAACCGGGUAAUAAUAACCAGGAACGUACUAUUCCUUACUGAAGCGUGUACUUGGUUUUGACAGUGAAUGAAAAAAGGCGCGUGUUUAUGUUUACGCUGAGGACAGCUGAGAAUGAACUUUUUGGCGCGGAAGUAUGAGUGUGAUUGAAUUGUGCAGGAACCGGUUAGCGGAAUCCGGAACAGAACACGACGGAAGCAGACAUGAGGUCAGUGGGUGGUUGGGAGGUGCUGCGUCCGGAAUGUCGUGUCUCAAGGAGUCUGGACGGACCAGAAGGGUCAGCGAACAACGGCAUGACUGUAGAUUGACAUAACUUUCAAUUUCAUAAAGUUUGAUGUGUCGGAUUAUAGGGUUUCUCUCAUAUCCCGGAAGUGUCCCCAAGAGGCCACCGGUAACUGGUUCCAGAUUGGCCAAGAUGGACAUCGAACAACGGAAUGACCGUAGAUUGACAUAUCAUUGAAUUUCAUGAAGUUUGAUGUGCAACAUGAUGGGUUUUACCAAAAAACUCAAGUUGGCCGUUCAUCGGGUACCAGGGAACCGAUUCCAGGUUACCCGGAACUGGCCAAAAAUACUCCAGAAUCCGGAAUUUUUUCAGAAUUUUAAUUUUUGUAUUUUUUUAUCCAACUGAAACUUUUUUGGUGCCUUCGGUAUGCCCAAAGAAUCCAUUUUGCAUCAUUAGUUUGUCCACAUUAUUUUCCAUACAAAUUUGGCAGCUGUCCAUACAAAAAUGAUGUAUGAAAAUUCAAAAAUCUGUAUCUUUUGAAGGAAUUUUUUGAUCGAUUUGGUGUCUUCGGCAAAGUUGUAGGUAUGGAUAUGAACUACACUGAAACAAAAUUUAUUUGGUUUGUUUGUUUGAUAAAUUGAUUCUUGAGAUUCAAAUUUCCGAUUUUUUUGCGGAUUUUGGCGAAUUCCCGACUUUUUCGAUUUCCCGACUUGAGCGGGCACCCUGCAAGUUAUGUUACCCCUUAAAUGGUAUCUGUUAUCUUGGAAUUUACUACAUAAAAUAGUUCUGAGUAUCAAAUUGCUGAUGGGCACUUUUCUAAUGUUGAUCCACAAAUAAGAUAUAAAAAAUGUACUUACCGUAAUGUUAUAAAAAGGCGUUCUCUGGGGGUUAUUGGUGAUUUUAUAAAAUUACUCCAAUCCUUCAUCAGGAGCGGUUCCACUUGUUUCAAUAUGUAAUUGAAAGUAUUUUCCGACAUUCUCAAAUACUGCCGAAAUUUUGCCGGAUCUGCUUGCAGCUGGGGGUAGAGGUGGUGGAAUUCCCCAUGCUGCUCGCGUUCCCUGUUUAUUGGGUGAAUCCCGAAUCGUUUUCCUGGCUCGAUUAACAUUUUCUUCACCGCAUCCGACGCAAAGAACUCUUCGUCAGAAUCCAUCCUGAAGUUUAUUGAAACUGAACUGGGGUUGUUUGUUUACUCAAUACAUUCGCAUUGUUUGGAGUCGCUUUUAGUCGCUUUCACUCUGGGACGAAAAUCUAGUCGCGCGUUGUCGCGCGUAGUCGCUU